GAGCCUGCCCGGUGCGAGCGGCGGGGCCGGGGCUGCCCUGGCCUCCGGGCCCCGCGUGGGGGAUGGCGGCGGGCGGGGCCCCCAGCAGCCCUGAGCCCUCCAUGGACAGACACAGACCUGCCUCCGAGCGGACUCAGGACAUUUCUCAUUUGUUGACUAGCGUCUUUAAGAGCAUGUAUACUGCAGAUGUUAUAGGGAUGGACACUGGAACAAAUCUGAUCAAGUCCCGUGGAGGAGACAAUCUCUAUCAUGAGAAGUUUGUGGAGGAGCUGCAAAAGAUUCAUACUGAAUAUAACCAUCGACUGACAGAAGUUGACAUAGUAGAAAAGCACAUCAUUCAGGCAAGAGCUCGAGCAACAGCAGCAGAAGAAAGGGCUCUGAACAUGUUGAAGGUAGAUGUUGGGGAGGACUUCCACAACAUUGGAUUGCCACCAGUGAAGUCCUCCUUUCGAUGGUGUGUGGAUAAUGACCUUCUCAAAAAACAUAAUUUAAUCUGCCCUGAAGAUUACAUCACUGAUAGAAUACCCAUUACCAAAGCACCUAAAGGAAAAAAAGAGCCUGACUAUAUCAAGGAGACGCUUAGUUUUAAACAACUCAUUUCUAAAAGUCCACGGGAUCAGAAACAUACAGAAAUCCCACACUUGAGGAAAACAUUAGAUAGUCUGCCAGAUGUAUCUUUAUCCACCUUAACGCUGUCUUCAACUCCUGAGCCUAGACAUCAGACUAAGAAACCAUCAAGUAAGAAAUCUAGCUCCUCUCACAAAUCAGUCUGGAAAGAUGAUAUGUACAAAGCGGAUAGAGAACAAGACCGCGUUUACCUUGCCAGACUUGAGAACCGACAUAAUUGCCUGAAGAAUCCCCGCUUUUUCCCACCAAAUACUCUUAAUGGAGGAAAAUCUCUUAUUUUUCCUCAGAAGAAGGUAGAUCGAAUGAUAACAGGAAGAAAAGUGGCAUUUGAUAAAAGUGAUCCUCAGUCUGUUCCUGUAUUUCUAGCUACCCCGCCCGCUGUUUUGUUUUCUGAGUAUGAAGUUGGUCAGGUUUAUGAGAUGACUAUAGAGCUGCAGAACCUGACUUCAGUGUGUCGCCAUGUAAGAGUCAUUCCUCCAUCUACUUCAGCCUUUGCCAUUGGGCUGGGAAAAUUUCCAGGAGAGGGUGGACUUGUCGCUCCUGGGAUGACUUGCCAGUACACAAUUCAGUUUAUUCCUGAAUAUUUAGCUGAUUAUGAAGAUUAUAUUCUAGUGGAGACGCAAGCACCAUCCUCUCUCCUAAUCCCUGUAGAAGCUAGGAGACCACCUCCUGUAUUAACAUUGCCUCCCAUCAUCAGUUGUGGUUCCUGCCUUGUGGGGGGAGUAAAAAUGACAGAAUUUGUGUGCAGAAAUGAAGGGUCCAGUAAUGGAAAGUUCUGUAUUAUGCCAAAGAAAGUAUGGCCACCCCCUAAUUUCAGGGCUGUUGCAACUAUUGGUUUUGUGGAGCAAGGUCCAUUUGGGAUCCGACCUGCUGUUUUUGAGCUAGGUCCAGAUCAAGCUAUGUUAUUAGAGAUACUGUUUUCCCCCUCGUCUCCUGAAAACCUGAAGCAGACAUUCACUAUUGUUUGUGAUAAUUGCCAGAUCAAUGACAUCACAGUUACAGGAAGUGGACAGCUGAUAGCUUUAGAGCUUUUAUCUGUCACUGGUGGAGAAAGCCACCCAGCCCCUGGUGAGCCUACAGACAUAGCAGCACAGCACCUCAUACGUUUUGACCCCCAAAAUCCACAUGCCACAACAGAGAAGAAACUCCUUAUAAGAAACUCUACUCAUGUGGAACUUCCUUUCUACUGGCAGAUAAUGAAGCCUAAUCUGCAACCAUUAAUGCCUGAAGAAACUGGGGACCUUGCAAAGGUCAAGUACCACCUAGAUGUAGAGUCAGCUUUCUCUAUAAAUCCUAACCUGGGAAUUCUGCAGCCCCACACUGAUCACGAGUUUAUUCUCACUUAUGCUCCGCAGGAGCUGAAAGAUUAUCACAGUGUGAUUCAAAUUGUACUGAGGGACAUCCCAGAGCCACCUAGCUCAGAAAAGCAGGUGAUGCUUGGAAAUUCAGAAUCCAAAACAGAUGAUGUGAUUGCACUGGAAAUAGAAGUUAAAGGUUCAACAGAACCAUUUCAACUCCUUUUGGAACCCUAUGUCAUUAUCAUCCCUGGAGAAAACUUUAUUGGCGUAAAUGUAAAAAAAACAUUUAAGAUGUGGAAUAACAGCAAAUCAUCCAUCAAAUAUACAUGGGGAAAAAUCAGUGCACAUGAUAUAGUUGAAGUUGAACCUUAUACUGGAGUGUUAGAAGCCAAUGAAUUCUGUGAAUUUGAAUUGAAUUUUACUGGAAGCAAACCUGGAUAUGCCAGCCAUAACCUGCAUUGUAAAAUCGAACACUCUGUGGAGCCAGUUGUGCUGCAUGUGGAGGCUGCGUUUAAGGGUCCAGCUCUCUCUAUCGAUGUUCCAUCACUCCAUUUAGGUUUGAUUAAAUUGGGAGAAAAUGUGUUAAGUACCUUUGAGAUUCAAAACCUAAGUCAAUUGCCAGCAUGGUGGAGAAUGCAAGAAAGUCAAGCUUGCUUAGCUGAAAGGAACGAAGAUGCAUCCCCAUUCACGAUUCAGCCAUCUGAUGGAGAAUUACCUCCUUUGGGCAAAUGCAGCGUGUCAGUUCUGUUCAGGUCCUUGCUAUGUCAACGUCUCCAGACAGUAUUAGAACUAGAUGUCAAAAAUGGAGAAGGAAGUCAUCUUCCUGUUUUUGUUGAAGUUCAGACCCCCCAAGCAUGUCUGAUGUCUAGUCACUUGGUGUUCAGUGAAAUUUAUAUUGGAGUUCCAGCACAAGCUACUGUCAAACUCUUUAACCAGACACUGCUGCCAGCAAAAUACUUUUGGGAAGAGCUUAUCGGAAGUCAGUCAGCUUUCUGCUCUGCCAGCGUCUCCCCAAGAAGUGGCACUUUGGGCCCACAUGAAGAAAAAGAAUUGUGUAUAGAGCUAACAGCUAAUAUUAUGGAUGAGCUGAAUGACCUUACCCUCUGCUGUAGCAUAGAAGAUAUGAUUGAACCUCUUUUUAUGGGGAUUUCUGGCCAAGUAAAGGGACUGCAUGUCACAUACUUGAUACCUUGUGACAGUAAAGUUACCAGUGAUGAGAAGCAAAUGUUACGAAGUCCUCAAGAUCUUCUGUUGGACUUUGGAUCUGAAGUUGCAUUGAAGAGCAUAGUAACACGCCAACUAAUACUUACCAAUCAUACUGGAAUCGAUGCUCCAUUCACACUAGAAGCUGAAUAUUUCAGUAGCUGUCCAGUUACCACAGAGGAACAAGGAAACAGUCUCUCCACAGCCAGCCUGGUGAAAAGAACAGCACAUAUCAGAAGACAUGGAGCCAAGAGAGCACAAUCAGCAUUUAUGCUGGCUUUACUGUCUCAUGGGAGAGGAGUGGCUUUCCAUGCCCAACCUUCCACAGGAACUCUGAAAGCCUUCCAGCAGCUAAUUAUAGAAAUAACAGCUUAUAACAACAUGUGGGGAGAGUACCAUGAUGAUCUCAUCUGUAGGGUGGGAGACUUACGGCCUACAUUAAUUCCUAUGCAAAUGACUGUGAAAGGUUGCCCAAUCUUCUUGCAGAUGACAGGACCUCAGACUGAACACCAAACAAAGAUACCGGUAAUCAGGUUUGGUGCUCAUGUCUCUGGUGGGGAUACUGUCACCCGCUGCAUCAGACUCAACAACCCCACUCCCUGUGACAUUCGCAUGGACUGGAAAACUUACAAUCAAGAAAAAGAUCAUGAGAAGCUGGUGGACCUCUUGCUGUUUUAUGGCCCUCACUUUCCUAUGAAGAACGUAGAGGAGAAUGAGAUUGAGUCAACUGCGAGCGCUUCAGAGACUGAAAUUGUGUUAAACUGGGAUAAAAUUCCAAGCAGCCCAGACACCAUUUCUCCAGCCUCCUUCGUGACAGAUGAUGAGUCAGAUGUAGACAACAAGGAAGAGAAAGGAAGGAGUGAUUCUGAAGUCUGGAGACCAGUAAAUAAUCAACAGAAAAUAAUCUCUGUCCUUGUACAAGCUCAUGAAGGGUUUCCUUCCGACUAUCCCUACUGUAUAACUCCUACACAAAUUGUUGUUCCUGCAGGUGGCAGUGUCUCCAUCCAUAUUUCCUUCACUCCACUCACGUUACCAAAGCUCAUUAACAAAACUGAAUGUGAGGGGUUUGCAUUGGGUUUCAUGAGUCUAGACAGCAAGCUUGCACAAGGGAUACCUGGCAAGGUGACUCGUUCAUAUGGCUAUGGAGUUGCACCGUUGCGAAUGGACUUGCAAGCUUUUGUAAAGCCUGCUCUGUUAACUAUAGAAAUGGAUCAUGAUGGAGGAAUGGUGUUUCAUUCCAUGGCAAGUGAUCUCAUACCAAAUCAACCCCUUUCUGGAGUUUUGACAGAGUCAGUCCUUACUCACAGCCUGAAACUCACCAAUUCCACAGAGGCUCCCUUACACUUCAGGAUCCUUCUAUCUGUGCCCUUCGCUGUGUCCAGUAUCGACCCCAACAGGAGCCUGAAAACAUCUCACAGCGACAGGGAGGAGCAAGGGAAGCAACUUCUACUUCAUCCACAGCAAAAUGUGCUGGUGAAAGUGUCAUUUCACACAACUCUGGAGUUACUUACGUAUCAGAAUCUGCCAGCUGACCAGCUGCUCUCGGGAAUCAAAGUGCUCCAGUUUGAGAAUGGAGACAGGAAAGUGGAAUUCAGUCAAAAUCUGGUUAUUGAAUACAGUAACAGAACGACCCAGCUCGUGCCAGUGACUGCAUACCUUACUGUCCCACUGUUGGAGCUCUCUUGUGAGACAGCUGAUUUUGAGACCUGCUUUGUAGACCAAACUAGGACAGAAGAUGUCUUCCUGUUAAACAGGAGCAGAUGCAGAAGCUACUGGACUGCUUUACUGGGCCUGAUCCUAAGAGGAAGUGAGCACCAGGAACUCCCACUGACUUCAGCCUGAGCUUGCUUCUAAUGAGGUUCAUGGUAAAAUGCCCGUUUAUUUCAGUGGGAGCAGGACUAGACCAUUUUAUUUUGCCAUUUACAACUCCCAGCUUGCCCUGCAAAUGAAAGCUUGCCCUGCAAAUGAAAAUGUAGACAAUGUCAAAUGUGACAAUACCAGACACUUUUUCAUGGGCAAGUCAGGAGAUGUUUUGUUUACUUACAUGAAUACUGUGUUAUACACAAGGCUCUUAUAUCAUGUCAAUUGAUAUUUUCAUACUUUGCUGCAGACCAACAGGAAGAGCAUAACAGCAUGGCAGUAUUUUCCAUCUGCCCCACUCACGGAAUUCUUGAGGCCCAUGAAGGCAGCUUACCCACCAAAGCAGCUUUAAAGAUCAGUUUUACCGCAAGGUAGAGUAAGAGAACAGAAGUUUUGCUGUCUUUGGAGUUGACUAAGAAUGGCCUUGCAGACUGCUAUGGUGCAAGGAGUAGUUAAAACAGAAAUUAACUGUUACCCCAGUGUGUGCCUCCACCGAACAGCUGCCCAGUUCUCUGUGCUACAAUAUUGUCUAUGAGAAGAGAAUAAAAGGGGUUUUGCUCCCCUCAUAAUCCAAGAACAAAUGUUUCUGCUAAAAUUAUCAGCCAUUAUGUAGCUGAAUUAUUGAGACAUAUUCAGUCAAUAGAGGCCCAUUUACACAUGGGAAUGCAUUUUAACAUGGCUGUACUGCGCAGUUCCUGCAUGUACCCGGACAAACGGGAUUUAGACAUCUUCAUUCCCAUUUGCCCAUACAUUUCCACAGCAUGCACACAGAGUCAUGGUACAGUAAAUGCCCAAAUCAAGGUACACGCUUUUUCAUGCAAACCCCAGGCAGUAACGUUUUGGAAAUAUUACCAUGAAUUUAUCAUUAGAGUUCAGAGGCACCCCGCUGAGAUGAAGCUCUUACAGCUAUUGUUUCUGUGCUGGUACUACAAACUGCUGUGCAUGGCCAAUGUCCGAGCCCUCGGGUUGUCUCCUUAGAUUUUAAAUUCCUUAUCAUAGGGCUCAUAUCCUGCCCAUGGUGCCCAACAAGUGCUCAGGAAAGUUGAACCCUUGCUGUUCCGCAUAGUAUUCUGUGAAGUCACACUCAGAAGCUUACCACACUGUCUCUACAUGCUGAACUAGCCAGGAAUGGCGAAUUGCGGCCACAGGGAGCUGCAAGGGGCCAUGCCUGCGGACCGCCAACGUAAACAAAAUGUCUCGUGGCCCACCAGUGGACUACCCUGACGGGCCACAUGCUGAAGGUUGGCGACUCCUGCUCUAGAUCUAGAAUUCACACGUGUCACAAGUUAACCAAAACUACACUUACUGUAAAUGUCUGCCUAAAGCUACCAUUCAGUUGACUGCUUCCUGCCCUAUUAGAACCAAUGGGAAAAUUUUCUCAUCUAACUUUUUGCUUUUUCCAUAGGACAAUGGCUGUCCCCUGGAGAAAGCUCAGCGUCAUUCCCUGCCAUCACAAUAAUACCUGUCAUUUAGAUAUUUAUAAAAAUACAACUACACAACAAAAAGAACAUUGAAGCUUUCCUUCCAAACACCACAUUAACACAUUCAACGUCAUAUAUACCAUUAGGUAAGACACUGUUAAAAAGCAUACUGGUACCCAGUUACUACAUGUGAUAUGAUGGUACAUGAAACUGGGCCAGGCUACAGUAGUCAAAACUCACCCAUAAGGAAAGCAAAGUUAACUUCUGCAGUAUCAGAUAGCUGGCCAGCACAACACAUGUCAGAGAACAGCAUCAUUCUCCCCCUCCCAGCCCCCUUAUAGAACUGUGCUGUAUUCUCGCACGUAGUAGAAUGGCAAACUGAAUGUCUUCUCCCUUUGUAUUUUAGGAGUAAUGUGGAAUAUGAAACUACAGUGACUGUUUCUGGAAUGCUGGGAGAAAAGCCCUGCAAACUACAGAUCAGAGGCAGAGGAUCUUACGAUGAGAAAUAUGAAGAUCUCCGCUUAAUAUAAGAGAGAUGGUAUAGAUUAGGUGUCACGGUAAUGAGUCACAUUCUUGGCUAUUGAAGUCACUGGAAGUUACAUAUGUAUACUGAAUGGCACUAUUUAAACUACAUUGCCCAUAUUUUCAUGUACUUGAGAUUUAAAUAAAAAUUGUAGUUUUAAAAUAAAUUCCAAGUAGUGUAUAACAAAGAAUUUUACUGAACUAGGGUAAUUGUCUAAUGGCCAAAUCCCAUUCAACAGGUGUUGAAUCAAAGUAGUAUGUGUUGUUUUAUAGUUACCUUUUAUUGGCAUAUGCCCACUGAUACUUCCAAGG